GUCAAUGACAUCACGCAGAGCGUACGUGACGCAGAGGGUUUAAACACAUGCUAUAAACGUAACCGGCGUUUUCUAAGCUUGAUCUUCAUCACCACACCACGUAGCAGCCGUUCAGAAACAAGUACUGUCAUCCUCCGGGUUGCUAUAGAAACAGUUGUCUUUAAUUUAUCCAUGGUUUCACUCUCUUCAGGAUCUGUUAGUGGCUGAUGAAGGUAGUUAGCACUGCUAGCAUAGCUGGUGAACUUUCAUCAUCAUCUCUGCUUAGUGACUGAGGUUCAACUUUAGCCAGCUUGCGGGAGGCACCUUGGUAGGAAAAGCUGACCAUACACUCAGACUCGGGCACUGGAGCUUAACUUCAAAAUAAAUAUACACCGGUUUUCUCAUAGUAGUGUGAUAGCCGUUAAAACCGUUCCAGUUGAACAGCCAGGCUCACUUCCUUGUGCCGUGUUCGAGGUCAUUCUGUAGCCCCGUCUAACGGAGCUGUUCCCGGGAUACAAAACAUGAAGAGCCUCCCGUACUUCUGCCGAGGAGAGGUCGUUCGAGGAUUUGGAAGAGGAAGCAAAGAACUAGGAAUCCCUACGGCCAACUUCCCGGAUUCGGUGGUGGACAAUCUUCCGGCAGAUAUCAGCACAGGAAUCUAUUAUGGCUGGGGUUGUAUCGGGAAUGGUGACGUUUACAAAAUGGUGAUGAGCAUCGGCUGGAACCCUUACUACAAAAACACAAAGAAGUCCAUGGAGACGCACGUCAUUCACAAAUUCAAAGAAGACUUUUAUGGACAGACUCUGAGUGUCGUUCUGGUGGGCUACAUCCGCUCAGAGAAGAGCUUUCCCUCACUCGAGGAUCUCAUAGCGGCCAUCAACAGUGACAUCGAGGAGGCCAAGGUUAAGCUGGAGCUCCCAGAGCACAGCAAACUGAAAGAAGACAACUUCUUCACCAGCGCGACCAACUCGUCUCCGGUCUCUUCCUCAUCCGCUGCGUCCACGUCUCAGUGCAUCAUCAACGGUCACUGACAGCUGGCAGAGACGGCAGCGCUUUGUGCCCUGAGCACGUUUCUGUUCACAUGUACAUCGUUAUUAUAAAAUCUAUCGGCUGUCACAUAAACAGUCAACCUCUGUUUCUUUUCACAUGGUUCUGUGUUAAAACGCUGUUUUCUGACAUCUGUUGUUUAACUGCACACAGCCUGAACUGUAUACAUUCUUGCAUUAUUAUCUGGUUCUUCUGUAUAUUUUGAAUCUUUUAGUAGAGGACAGAUAAAAAUCACUGAUCAGAUGUUUUUUUUUUAGCUUAGUGUAAACAAUGAUUUAAAUGAACCAUAAACUCAAAAAGUGAUAAUUCAUUAUCUUCAUAUACCUAAGUCAGCAUUGCAGCAUCAUUGUUCAUAAAAGAUAACAUUGUGUAAUCCAUCACUAUCAAAACUAGAAUUAAGUUGCAAUUUAUAUAACUUUCUUGAUAUGUUUUAAUAUUUAAUCCUGUCAACACCGUUUGCUGCAGAGUUUCUGUUGGAGCUGUUAUCCUAUCUGUCUGAAAUCCUACAUUUGGCCAGAUUUGUGGUAUAAAAAGCAGAAUACACAAAGGCGUAGUAUCCUGCAAGAAAGUGCUAUUUAUCUCCUACAACUGCAGGAUUUGAAUGUGUUGAUCCUUGAUAUCAAGGUCUUGGUUUUAUCAGCCAAGCUGAUUAAGGUGAUGAACGAUUUGGGGGGGGGAAACACUAAGCUUGAAUGACUAAGCAUUUUUUUUUUGUUCCUUUUUAUUAGGUAUAGUCAAACAUUUAUGAAUGAUUAGAAUAAAAAAAUAUUUGUAUUUAAUGUGUAUAUACAGCAAAAGCCUUACAAGUUUAUGAACACAAAUUAUUUUUUUACAUAAUUGUAUGUGAAAGAUGGAAACAGACAAACUGCUGCCCAUUUAAAAAUAUUUCAGUUUUAUGUUUUUGUGAAUGUGUUAAAAGGAAGGAGUAUUUUCUUUUUACUGUUUCUUUUAAAUUUGAGAUGACAGGAAAUUGUGGAUGUGAAGUCUUUACAUUCUCUGUAAAGCCUGUUGUUAUUGCUGGAAACCUGCAUCUGUAAUUUUUUAGGUCUAUGUAAUUCAUUAAAGCCUUUCCUAGGCCUGAAAUUAUUAUCCUGUCAUAAAUGUUGUCUUCUUACAUUAUAAAAUAUGAUGCAUUAACCAAAA